CGCGCCACUUCCGGCGCCCUAGUCUAUACUUGGGCGGACUGUGUGGCAGUUAGGUGGGCCGUGCCAUGCAGCCUCGGGCUCCUCCGCUGGCAGCCGUGGGCGAGCUCUCGGCGCGCGGGACACUGGCGCGGCGCUCUGGUAAGACUAUAGCUGUGUCAGUGUGUUAUGAUGCCUUCCCGUACCAACCUGGCUACUGGAAUCCCCAGUAGUAAAGUGAAAUACUCAAGGCUCUCCAGCACAGACGAUGGCUACAUUGACCUUCAGUUUAAGAAAAGCCCUCCUAAGAUUCCUUAUAAGGCCAUUGCACUCGCCACUGUGCUGUUUUUGAUUGGCGCCUUUCUGAUUAUCAUAGGCUCUCUCUUGCUGUCGGGCUACAUCAGCAAAGGGGGGGCAGACCGAGCUGUUCCAGUCCUGAUCAUUGGCAUUCUGGUGUUCCUUCCUGGAUUUUACCACCUGCGCAUUGCCUACUAUGCAUCCAAAGGCUACCGGGGUUACUCCUAUGAUGACAUUCCAGACUUUGAUGACUAGCACCCACCCCAGCCCUGAGGAGAGGAGUCACAAUGGGACCACGCCUAGCUUUGAGAUAUUGAGCAAAAACUGUGGCUAAGGGCUAAGGAAUUCUGCUGUUUGCAAUUUUUAACAAAACAAUGGCCAGAUUAUGGGUCCAUACCCAAGAUGUUAACUGAGCUUACAAUUAGCUAAUUAGGACAUCCUCUGUUUUCCAGCUCCUGGCCCUGGCAAAGCUCCUGACAAGUGUUUCCACUGGAAUAUGUAUCAUGGAACAAUAGCAAUGUUAAUUGUCUGGGAAAACAGGAGGUUAUUCUGCAGUAGAAAGUGUUGCUGCCACCACCCUCUUUAGAGUUGAGUGUUUCUGUUAAAUUGUCUUCAUUGUCAAUUUGUUCUUGCAGCAAAUGGAAGAAUGCAGCAUGUCUAAUUUCUUAUUACUAAGUAAUUUAUUUUUAAAAUAUCUAAGUAUCUUAUCCCCUAUACUUAUUUCUACAUUCAUAUUCUAGUGGAAGACCUUGGUAAAAUCAAAUAUCAGUGUGGGUGUAUCUGUAAUAUUUUUUACUCUCUUUCUUAUUGACAGCAACCAGGAAUUUUUUAAGCUGCAGAGCAAGUUUUCAAAAUGUAAAAACUUUCUCUGUUUACCAGUCGUUGGCCAGCUCUGAGCUAUAUCACCAAUAGGUUGAACAGCUUAUAAUAUGGGUCAUUAUGUCCUUUGUAGGUCAAGAUGUUCUGUAUAUCAUGCCUUUAAGGACUGGACUUUUGGCUGUUUCCUAAUGAAAAAUAUAGAUAAGGCUGUUAUUUAGAGUUUAUAACCCUAUUGCUAGCACCUUGUACUGUGAUGUCAUUCUGCUAAAGAUCACAAGUCUGGAUCCCUACAGACUAGACUGCCUUAGGCUGAUUCUGUUUCCUAGCUUGCAAAAAGUGACUUCUACUCAAAUUAAAAUGUUGAAAUCCAAAUCCUAAA